AUGACCACCACGAAGGCUUCGUGUCUUAUAUCCAGUGACAGUGCCCUUCGCCGAAAUUCCAUUGUCGCCACGGCACCAUUGCUGCUGCUACUGGCGCUAACGUUGCCUGUCGGUAAUGGGGAGGUCACGCAAGUGAACGUCCUAUCUCUCAUGUACACCACUGAAUUUCCCGUGGAGGACGCCGUUUUAUUUGAUAAAGGACUUAACGUUUCAUUAAUGGCGCGCCGUUUGGAGCUCAAGGGGCAAGUGAAAGUUGAGUUUAUUCGUCCUGCAGCACCUAACUCUCCAAUAGAUGUCGCAAUCGAGCAGGGUGCUCAGCAGAGUGUAGGCAAACUAUUGCUUGUUCUUGGUCCGCUGGGCGACGAUAACAUCCAAAUAUUUAAAGGUGCGAUGGAAGAGCAUGAGUUAGUCGCCUUUACCCCUAUUGCCACUUCAAGUGAGGGCUACGGCUGGGAUCCUCAUCUCUACUACUUGACUGUUGGGCCGGAUGCCGAGCUGAUGGCUCUCGUUCGCUACGCUGUUGGUGUGUUGGGUCUUCAGCGGGUAGGCGUGAUGUACGUGAAAGAUACGUCGUUCAGCAGGAAAUCAUUUGAGUUCGUGGAGAAGCUGAUGAUGAGGAUGGGUCACAACAUAAGUUGCGUGUUCGCCCCAGAAAGUGGCUUCUCUUCUGCAGGUAAUAAGGUCUCUUUGGACUCGGAAUGGGAGCAAUUCGCCGCUGCACUUCCACAGGCGAUACUGUUGCUUGGUCCGCGCGGCCGCGAUAGUAGAUGGUUUGUCAUGCGGGUAGCAGAGGACAAUCGGACAUCGCGCUCACAUUUGCUUGCGCAGUCAGGGUUACAGAGCUUUUUGCUGAAGACAUGGUGCGAAGCAUUGGAGGCGACGGGCGCUGAGUUUAGGACUGGACAGGUGAUCUUCUCAGGGACGAAUCCUCUGGCAUGCGACACAGAGUACAAGGCGGUACAACGGUUUAUCGAUGAAACAAAAAGGUAUCUAGGAAACGAGGAGGAGGGGAGUGAGGACGCAGGGGCGGGAGGCCUCUCCAAUGAUACUGGGGGAGAGAUGAUGAUGCUUGGUUGGAUGACUGGUGAGGUCAUUUCUGCGGCACUGGGCAACAGUAGGGUUGUGAGCAACCGCACAGCUUUUAUGGAAUCCUUAUAUUAUCAACGUCGUUACGUAGUAGAUGACCUCGUGAUCGGUGAUUACGGCAACGAAUGUGGGGAGGAGGCAAUUCGGCAGGGUGCUGUCUGCCGCUGCAACCAGGGUGGAAGUAUGGUUUACAUGAAGGAAAUGGUUAGUAAGACCCUGCUAAGGCCAGUGACUGCGGGUUAUGUGACUUUAGGUAUGUCGCGGUGCUCGAGGGAAUCUUUGCAACUUAAUGCGCCUUUAAAUGCUCUUCUUCUGCUUAUGCAGGACGAUGACGUUGCGCUAAGAGCAAACGUGGAUUGGGACGUUGGCGCAUCUGCUAGUGUGGGGAACGGGCACCUCACCGUGCAUGACAGACUGUUUUUACACUCUUUCCUUGCGACAUCAGACGCCGCCGCCAGUAUUCUGCAGCAGCUGCUCAGUGUCAGGAUUGUGUCGGCUGUGUUUGGUGUCGUCAGCGACGACAUGCUCGAAAUAGAGGGUAUGACUUUCUUCGAUCCGAUAACAACUACUCCCCGUCUAACUAAGCCGAGGAAAAAUGUUAUUUACCUCUCUCCCACGAUGGAACAGCAACUUUAUGUGCUUGCAGAGUACCUUUACAGCAAUCCGCCCCCGAGUGUCAAAGCCAUCAUACGGAGCAAGGAGGCUUCCGAAAUUUCAAAGCUGCUGAGAAAGACGCUUCUAACGUUUGAUGCCCCUUUGAGCCCCGCAGACAUCCUUGAUGAUGAUGAUGAAUUGGGCGACUACCUUCCGACGGAGGGAGAUGUAAUGGUCAUCGGCCUCACCAAGUCUGAUGUGGGGACGAUCGCGGAGCACCUCGAGACUUUUGAGGAGAGUCGGGUGUUUUUGAUCUUCUCUGAAUUAGCGUUGCUGUUUGAGGAGUUGAGAGCGGCAUUCAGGAACAAAGCGUCCGCCCAUCGCCUCGUGUUUGCUACCAACUUACCCCACUGGGCGGAAAUCGAAAUGCCAACGGACCGAGUAGAUAAUCUUAAUUCUGUCGUCCCAGAUCGGUCACUGUGGUCUCCCAUGGCGUUGCUCGGUUUCGUCACCGGACGGUUGAUGGAGUCAAUUUUGGAGCGCAUGGAGAACGUGAACCCUGGACUACUGGCGGAUUUAUUCUUCAAGGAGAGCCUCAUUACUGUCGACGGAAUGUGGUACGGACCGUACACUGAUGAUUGUGAUAUCGGCAAACCAAUUGAAGGAAACCACUGCAUCCAUAAUUAUGGAGCCACGCAUAUAUCCGUGUGGUCGAUGGCCCGUGUACUGAGAUCGGACGUUCCACUGCUACAAAAUCCCACAACACCAUCGAUGGAAUACAUCGACCCCGACGCUAUUGUAUUGACUGGUGCGGCCAUCGCUGGCAUUGGCAUUGCUGUGUUCGCCUCCUUGUUGCUCCUCGCCGCGCUUGGGGCCUUAUUAUACUUUACGAUGAACAGAACCCGUGACAACGCCAGUGCGCCGAAGGAGCCGAUGGAGCCCGUCACGAUCAUCUUUACUGACAUUGAAAGCAGCACUGCUAUAUGGGCUGCACACCCUGAGCUGAUGCCCGAUGCCGUUGCCGCUCACCACCGCGUAAUCCGCCGCUUGAUUGAAAAAUACGACUGCUACGAGGUGAAAACCGUUGGCGACUCGUUCAUGAUUGCUUGCAAAGGUGCGUACCCGGCCGCGCGGCUCGUGUGGGAGCUCCAAGUAUCGUUCUUGAAUCAUGAUUGGGGAACAGGCGUGUUUGAUGAGAUUUAUCGUGACGCUGAAAGGGAGAGGCGGUCAGAGGACCGUGAAUACAACCCACCAACUGCAUAUCUGGACUCCGAAGUGUACAGUCGUUUGUGGAAUGGCCUGCGUGUACGUGUUGGAAUCCACACCGGAUUGUGCGACAUCCGACGCGAUGAGGUAACGAAGGGUUACGACUACUACGGCCAGACAACAAAUAUGGCUGCGCGGACGGAGAGCGUGGCAAAUGGCGGUCAGGUGCUGAUGACGCGUGGGACGUACUUUUCGCUUAGCUCAACUGAGCGUCAAGAGUUUGGUGUCACGUCUCUCGGCUUGGUUCCGCUCCGCGGUGUGCCCGAACCCGUGGAGAUGUACCAGUUGGAUGCCGUUGCCGGCCGUGUCUUUGCCCCGCUACGCUUUGAUAGAGAAGCCUGUUGCGAGCAGGAGGACGGGACUAGCACUUCCGCCAGUGACCACGGCUCCACAGUGGCCGAGCUAAGUGAAUCAGCUCAGUGGGUUGUUGCUUCUUUGCGGGCUGUGCUUCGCGCAUUCAGCACAUCUCAGCGCCAAAAACUGCUUAUGCCCAUUUGUGAGCGUUGGAACGUGUCGAUACCGCGAAAACCUCUGCCCAUGUGGGGUGAAGAACACUGUGAGGCGAUUAUGCGGUCUAUCGGGGCAAAGAUUGGCUCCGUCGUGGACCACCCCGCCGCAACUGACGCCACGAUGACGGGGAGCACUGUGACAAAUGAUUCGGUGAUAUUCAUAUCCGGAAACCCCGAAGCGCAGCGGUGA